GGGUGGAUGGGCGCGUGGGUUGGCGCGGUGCACGGGUGGAUGGGUGCGUGGGCUGGCGCGGUGCACGGGUGCACGGGUGGAUGGUGCGUGGGUGCGGGUGUGGGCGUUCGCGGGGGUGUGGGUGUGCGUGUUCGCGGGUGUGGGUGUGCGUGUUCGCGGGUGUGGGUGUGCGUGUUCGCGGGUGUGGGUGUGCGUGCGUCUGCGUGUAUGCGUGUGGCUGUGGGGAGGGGCCGUGCUUGCCACACACACACACACACACACACACACACAGAGAGAGAGAGAGAGAGAGAGAGAGAGAGAGAGAGAGAGAGAGACGCGGGGAAACAUGAGCAGUGUGCUGCUGUAGAUUGAUUUUGGAAGCUGCCAUGAUCCGAACUUUCCUUUUUUGGUCGUCGGAGCGGUGAACCACUCCGCGCGCGAAAGAGCGGUAGAUGCAGAGUCUGGUGUUAGCAGUCAGCUGUUCUGUGACGAGGAGACGCUGAGAGGGUAUGUGCACCUUUUUCUUUUUUUUCCCCUUCUUGAAAUGAAAACAAUUGGACAACAAUGCAGGACUCGAAUCUUUUUUUUUUUUCUUUUCUUUUCCCAAUCGCGUCCAAUUUGCCAAACAAUCAAUCCAUCGUCAAUCAAUUGGCUACUCGUUUGAUUGAUUGAUUGAUUGAUUGAUUGAUUGAUUGAUGGAUGGAUGGAUGGAUGGAUGAAUAGAUGGAUGGAUGGAUGGACUAACAUCUUUACAUCACUCGAUUAAUGAAUUGACACAUCACUCGAUUAAUGAAUUGACACAUCACUCGAUUAAUGAAUUGAUACAUCACUCGAUUAAUGAAUUGAGCAAAGAUAGAUUAAAAAAACUGAUGCGCAGUCAGACUAUGACUUUCUUGUCUGAACCUGGUCUUAAUUGCGAUCAAAUUCGGUCUAAAAAUGCCUUCAAAUGGGUGAAUGCCGUGGCGAUGAUGAUGGCGAUGGUGAUGGUGAUGGUGAUGGCGAUGGCGAUGGCGAUGGUGACGGCGAUUGUGAUAACGAUGGUGAUGACGAUGUCACACCCUGCAGCUGCUGGAUGGAUGGAUAGACGGUUAAGUGCACGGAGAAAGGAUGUGAUGACGAUGAUGGUGAUGGAUAUCGGUGAUUGCCAGCUGUUGAAAAACGAUUUGAUGAUGCUGAUGGUGAUGAUGACGGCUGGCUUCGAGAAAAGUUUGUUGUUGAUGAUGAUGACAAUGAUUGAUGAUGAGGAGGAGGAUGGUGAUGAUGAUGAGGAUGGUGAUGAUGAUUGGUCUGGUGAGGAUAUUAUAGCUUAUGAACUUUCGCAGUGGUUGCAACGGUCAGGAGCAGCAGGAGCAGCAGAAGCAGUCACUAUAGCAGCAGCAGGCACAGGAGCUGUAGCAGCAGCAGCAGGAGGAUUAGGAGGAGGAGGAUUAGGAGGAGGUGUGUUGGGGUUAGGAAGAGGGAGCAGCAAGGGUAGUCGUUUGGGAGGAGGGGACUUGUUAGGGGUCUACCCUGGGGGGUUGGCAUCUGGUCCAUCGAGUUCGUUGGGGAGUAGUGAAGGUGUCACUAUGAGGGUCGACAGCCGGUACAGUCUGGCCAGUGAUUCUUCUUCCGAACGGUAUGCGUCGCGGUCUUCCUCGCUUUGGAAGAUUUACGAUGUGGAAGAGAAUGAGGAGGAUGUGGCUGAGUUCCAGGAGAUCCUGGGGUCCGAGGUCCACGUGGAACUGGUACCGCUGAAAGAGCUGGCCAGGCAUGGUGUCCCUCAUCGCCUCCGGGACCGGGUUUGGAUGUUUCUUCUGGGGGUGUCGAAACCGGAUCGGUCGGAAGAGGUGUCUUUGGACCGGAAGAUGUCCGAAGAUUACAACGACUUCAACAAAGCCAAUGCGGAGGUUAUGAGGAGAGUGAAGGGGGAUAUCAAGAGAUACCGACCGGACAUUCUUUCGCUGCGCGAACCGAGCGUUCGUGCGCUUUUCGAGAGGACGCUCAGUGCGUACCUCAGCAGUCACAUGGAUGUGGAGUACAGGCCCUACAUGGUUCAUCUCUUAGGUCCUCUGGUGUUUUGUAUUCACAAGGAGAGGGAUAUCUAUUACUGUUUCGAAGCGCUGAUGACCCGACAUCAAAUGACUUUCGCCGGGGACGGCAUGUCGAAGAUGCUGUCCAAUUUCAUAACGUUGUUUCGAAACCUUGAGCCGGUGCUAUACGAGGCGUUCGAGGAGGAGGAGCUCGAACCCUCGUCGUGGGCUGUGCCGUUGUUGCAGUCCUUGCUUAGCAAGGAGUUGCCUCUCCCUUGUGUUCUUCGGUUAUGGGACACGUACUUUGCCACCGACGAAGGAUUCGACCUGCAUCCUUAUGUUUGCCUUUCGAUUCUUGAGAUGAAUAGUGAGCAGUUGGUGGAGAUGGAUGGAACAGAGGUCCUCGGUUUUCUGCAACACCUUCCUAGAUUGGACAUGAACCAGAUCAUCUCAAGUGCUUUGAACAUGAGAGAGAAGGUGGUGGUUAGGAAUCUUAUCUAAUCUAUAGUCUGUCUAAUCUCCUCCUCGAAUCCUCGUCUAAUCUCUUCUUAUCUAAUCUCAUCUCUUCUCAUCCAAUCGUCAUCUAAUCCUCGUCUAAUCCUUGUCUAAUCCUCGUCUAAUCCUCAUCUAAUCCUUGUCUAAUCCUCCUAUUAUCCUCGUCUAAUCCUCGUCUAAUCCUCGUCUAAUCCUCGUCUAAUCCUCGUCUAAUCCUCGUCUAAUCCUCAUCUUAAUCUUUUUUUUUUCUUUUCUUAAUAGCAGCUAUAGUACUACUCAUAUGAUCUUAAUCUAUAAUAGGAUCUAUACUCUCAUCCCAUCUCUUCGUAUCUAAUCUCAUGUACUGUAUUCUAAUGUAAGAAUUGUAAUCUAAGGAGUAGGCGAAAAGCCGUGAUGCACGAAUGUAAGCAGUAGGCAAACGCACGAUGAGCAAGAACGUAAGGAGGACUAGGCGAAAGCACAAUGCGCGAGUCUGUCACAAGCCUGUGACUCUUGUCCUUUUUUUUCUGCGUUCCAAGUGUGUGUUAAUGACCACCCCUUUUAUAAGGAGUAGCCGAAUUUGCGAUCCAAUUGUGUGCUAGUGAGACCCCUUGCCAUAAUCUGUCAGACGCAGACGCGCUCCGGUGUCUUGUCCUUUCCUCCAGCCAUAAUCUGUCAGACGCAGACGCGCUCUGGUGCCUUGUCCUGUCCUCCAUUUCCGAUAGCGGUUUGAUGUAAUCUAUAAUCUAGUCUAAUCUAGUCUCAUUUGGGCUAAUAAUAUAACCUUUUUUUUUUUCUUUUUUUUUUUUUGCUUAAUUGAAGCUAAUCUAAUCUCAUCUACACUGUUGGAGCAGUCAAUGGUGUGUUUAACUUUUUUCCUUCGCCGAGAAGGAAGGAAGUGCGAGGGUGUUCAUAUUGUAAUUUUGAAAAAUCACUUGCCGGUGGAACAGGAACUGGACUUUUUUUUUGUUUUUUUAAGGCUAAUGUAAUCUUAUCUAAUCUAUUGAAUAGGUGAUAGCCUGACAUGA